GCAGCCCCCAUGUCAGGCAGUCUCGGACUUCAUGCAAACUCUCACGACAAACUUUUCUUUUUCUCUGCUUCUUUAUCUCCGUGUCUGGUCCAUAAAAAAGCUCUACGACCCUGCUCUUUCGGCCCUGUUAUUUCGUCUUGCCAUUUUCUCUCUUUGUCACCAGUUUUCUGCACCCAAGCCAUAUACGCACUCGUCAAAGCAGAGCACCCUCCAAAAAUAAUCUCACCCACCAACACACGGCUCUAGCCGCACGAAUAACCGACUGUAUCGUCGACAUAGACCGAUCCAGUUUCUACAUGAAGCAGGGAUUAUCGUCCACAAUCUCAACACACCUCAUUAUCAGCUUCACCUCGAACACGAGGCUCCAUCAACUCAAGUCAUGUCAAACCUACCCAACUCCCUUGGAACUCGCCAAAGGUCUUUUCUCCGAACCAUCUGCGCUCGACCAAGUUUCUACAGCCGUGCAUCCUCACCACAAAAUUACAACGAGGACGCCAUAACUCCGUGCCCGGUCGAAUCAUCUCACGACGACGAGGAGCACACGCCGCUUUCCAGAUCAUCCUCCUCCAGCUCACUGCGAAGCACGAGAUCCCUGCGCUCCAGCAUCGAAGACAUGAGAGACUACAACGACAUCGACCCCCAGCUCCUCUGGCGGCGCAUGCUUGCCAUUCAACGCACCUUCGGCUGCUACAACUCGACACGCAUGAACAUUGCCAUUGAGAUUGGCGAACAGAACGCUUCUGUCCCAUCACGAGUAUGUCUGGAUUUGCUGAAUGACAGCAUUGAUACUCUUCCCAACGAUAUCAAGCAGCGAAUCGAAGACUUCCUCGCAUGCGAAGACGUCUCUAGGUCAUCGUCAUCUUGCAGCAGCAGGAGGAAGUGGAGUUGGAGGCAUCUUCUGCAUGCUUGAUUAUCAUUCAGUGAAACCAACUAGGGCUGGACCCAAGAUUGCUUGGGGGUCUUGUUGCUUAUCCCUUUGUUGAGAACCACUCUGGGUUGGUUGGUUGGUUGGUUGGUUGCUCGGUCAGGCUUUUCUUUUUCCUCCUUUCAUGAUAUAUACCCCUUUUUAGAGAUACGCGGGAUGCACGGGAAUGGCGCAAAACGGUGGCUUUUUUUCCUCGGACGCGUCAUGUUCGAGAUUGGCACGUUGGUCCGGAAGUUUACGGGAAGAUUUGUCAAAGAAAGUUUACAGAAGCAUUAGAUGAGGAAUUUGGUUGGAGGAUCGACAAAUACACCAAAGUUGCACCCACAUUGUUGAACGGGCGUUUUAUUUCACUAUUUCCAAUUUCCAAAAGAAGCAAACUACGAAUGAGGCACCCAGCGAGUUGUG